AUGCCUGUCGCAACAAGGCAAAAUAAGAAAGGGAGGAAAGCCGGCGCUUUUCUCUUUUGCACCAAGGUUUCCUUGUACACCCUUCUAAUCUGGAUUGUAAAUUGCUCCAACUCUUGCCAAUAUGAUGGUAAUUCGUACAGUGUUAUGAACAAUAGCCUCGGAAAAGCAUUCGAUUCCAGAGCUCUGAGGUCAUUAGCAGAAGCUUUAGAGGAGGAGGCUGUACAACAUGAUGCACCUGUAGCAUACGAGGAUGAGAUCGAACAGGAUGCACCUGCAGUAUACGAGGAGGCUACUGAACAGGAUGCACCUGUAGAACACGAGGAAGUUAUAGAACAAGUUGCACAAGAUGUUGCACAGGAAGUGGCACAGGAAGUCGCACAAGACGUUGCACAGGAAGUGGCACAAGAUGUUAUACAGGAAAUUGCACAGGAAAUUGCGCAGGAAGUAGCACAAGAAGAUCCAGAAGAAUUAGAAGAAGUAAAAAUUGAAUAUAACGAUGAUGGAACCCUACGUAUACGUUCUACAGAUACAUACAAACAACCAGCUGUAGCAAAUUUAUAUAAAGAAAGGAUAAACAAUUUCUACAGAAAAUUUGACCCGACAAUAACGAGAGAUUUUGAAUAUUUAAAAAAAAAUGUUAAUUUAUUUAACGAACGAGAACGCGCCUUGGAAGGAGACCCAUCAGCUAUUGCUAAAUAUCCUAAAGGAUACUGGGAUCCACAUUUGGCAUUACAAAAAGCACUCAAAGAAAUUAUGGACAAACAUAAUGAAUAUAGAGAAAUGUUGGCAAACAACUUCUACGAUGUUAAAUUAAUGGAUGAUUUUGAAAAUCUUAGAACAAAUCCACCAUACAUACAAAGAGAAUACGGAAGAUUAGAUCUAAGACCUUAUACACCAAAACCAAUCAAUGCAAAAGAGGACAAAGGAUAUUAUAAAUGUGGAAAAGGAAAGAAAUCAAAAAGAAAGAGUUGGAGAAGAAAACUUCUCUGCUGUUUCUAA